AUGGCUGAAAACCCAACACCUGCUUCUGCACCCACGCAGUGCGUCGGCCCGAGCUUCAGGGCUGUCGCUGACAAGCCGAGUGCUACUGUGUCUGCCGUGGUUUCGUCUGAUAAUGUCUAUGUCUUGCCACAGACUCCCCAGUUGAUUGCCCUUCUAUCCAUGAUAAGAAACAAGGACACAGAGCGCGCCGAUUUCAUCUUCUAUUCCAACAGAAUUAUCCGACUGCUGGUAGAGGAAGGCCUAAAUCACCUUCCCGUCAUUGAGAAAAACAUUACCACACCCGUCGGCCGCACGUAUAAUGGCUUAAUGUUUCAGGGCAAGAUCUGUGGUGUCUCCAUCAUGCGAGCGGGAGAGAUAUUGAUUCAACGAGACGAGGACACAGCACUGCCCAAACUUUUCUAUGAUAAACUCCCCGAAGACAUUGCAAACCGAUGGGUCCUUCUACUAGACCCGAUGUUUGCAACAGGAGGUUCCGCUACAAUGGCUGUCGAGGUCCUCAAGGGCCGAGGAGUCCCUGAGGAUCGAAUCCUGUUUCUCAACUUGAUUGCCAGUCCGGAAGGAAUAACAAGCUUCGCCGCCAAGUUCCCUCGCCUCAAAGUUGUAACGGCGUUCAUUGAUGAGGGCUUGGAUGAGAAAAAUUACAUUGUGCCUGGUCUUGGAGACUUUGGCGACCGAUUCUAUACGAUUUGA